CCCGGCCGCUAGCGGCAGAGCGCGAGGCGGUGUGCGUGCGGAGGUGGGAGGGGGGUAGAGGGAAACGGAGCGAGGAGCGUUUAUAAAGCCGGCCGUGGUCGCGCGGAGGAGGAGGAGAAGAGGACGAGAUGAAGCCGGCGCUGGCGUUGCUGUUCCUGCUGGCUGCGGGGCUGGGCGGCUCUGGCGCUCAGCCGGACGGGUUGCCGCCCGGGAAGAAGCUGCGCAUGGCCUACGCGACGGGGCCGCUGCUCAAGUUCCAGAUCUGUGUUUCCUGAGGAUACAGACGGGUGUUUGAGGAGUACAUGCAGGUUAUUAGCCAGCGGUACCCAGACAUCCGCAUUGAAGGGGAAAAUUAUCUCCCUCAGCCUCUUUAUAGACAUAUAGCAUCUUUCCUGUCAGUCUUCAAACUAGUGUUAAUAGGCUUCAUUAUUGUUGGCAAGGAUCCUUUUGCUUUCUUUGGCAUGCAAGCUCCAAGCGUCUGGCAGUGGGGCCAAGAAAAUAAGGUCUAUGCUUGUAUGAUGGUUUUCUUCCUGAGCAGCAUGACUGAGAACAUUUGUAUGUCAACAGGUGCAUUUGAAAUAACUUUAAAUGAUGUUCCAGUGUGGUCUAAGCUACAGUCUGGGCACCUUCCUUCCAUGCAGCAACUUGUUCAAAUCCUCGAUAAUGAAAUGAAACUCAACGUGCACAUGGAGCAAAUGCCACACCAUAGAUCAUAGCCCCAUCCAUCAGUACUGAAAACUUCUUACAUUAAGCGACACUUUCAAAAGACAACAUGAACGAAAUAAAUGACGGCCUGUACUGAAGACAGAAUACUUGUUGGUACAGACUGGAUGCUCUCCUCGAUUUCAUGUUGUUCCUGAAUAUCUUAAUGCAAGACCCCUUUCAGUGCUGGUAUAUUUCAAAGUACUGCACAUUCAAGGAGUGCAAUAAUACUAUAUAGUUGUUUUUUUAAAAGUUAAUUCAACCACUCUAGAGCUAGACAAUGCAGACAUUAACCGAUAACAAUGUUUGGGUUCGAUCCAUAGUUAAUUGCACUUAGUUCCAAUUGAAAUCAAUGUAGUUUAAGUGCAUCUAACUUAGGGCUACACCAGCUAAGUUCUACUUGAACUAGACCCACUGAAAUUAACAGAACAGUUCAUUAUUUACUGGGUCUGCUCCAAGUAUGACCAAUGUUGGAUACAACCCAUAGCCUAGAUCCAACACUUUUAUUUUCAUUUCUAAGAAGAUGACAAAAUGCUUUAAUAACCUUUUUUUUUUCCAUUGGAAAAGUUGUCUGAUCUACUGUGCGUGAAAUUUAUGUUCCAUUUGUAGUUAAAAUUGAUCUCUUAGGAGUACUGGUUAUCCUUUAAACUGGUCUGGAUAAAAAUUGGUGGCUGUCAAACAUUGCAGAUUUGGUUAUGUAAGUUUUGUAUAUUUUCAGAGUAUAUUGCUGAGUGAAUGGUGCAUUGUAUAAUAAAUUAUAGAAACAAAACUAUAUGCAGAGUAAGUACCUAAGUGUCAUGACUUCAAAGAAGACCAAGUGCUGUUUGAAUUCCCUCAGCAAUUUUGAAGUCUGUUUCUGGGCCACUCUAAAUGAUCAAAUAGCUUGGCCUUUAUUCUGUCCUAAAUAUGAGCUAAGCAAACUAAUUUAAAUAAAGAAAUUUCAUCUACUGUG